CUUUGCAAAUAACUACCUUAACUAAAAAAUUUUGCAAAAAACUACCUUACAUAAUACAUUAUUUUGCAAAAGAGUACCUUGUAACGGAAUUAGGCCUUUGACCGCUUAUUUUGACGUUGACCAGCACGUGCCAGUCACGUGUCACCUUCAUUAACCUAAAUCUCCUUUCUCCCAAAUUCGCAGCCAUUCUUCCAGCUCGAAAUUCCUGAAGCUUUCACCAAUUCACCAAUUCGCUCCCAUCCAGCUCGUAAGAUCAAGUUCAUUGGAAUUUCUAAGCAAAUCCGGUAUGUACUACUAAUUAAUUAUGGUUUUGUACUUCUUUGUUGCAUCUUAGUUAUAAUUUUAAAUUUUUUCGUUUUUAGAUUUGCUUCCUCCUGCAGCUAGAUUUGCUUCUUUGUUGUUGUAUCUGAAUACUAUAUUAGGGUUCUUAAAAUUAGCUAUAUCAAUCCGUAAAAAUUAGCUAAGAUGAAGAAAUUGACAAUCCGUAAAAAAGCCAUUGAUUCGAAAAAGAAGCAGUGUGAGUUGUCAACUGAGGUGGGUAAUGUAAGGGUAGAUGAUGUCUUGAUUGAAAGUUCUGAGCUGUUUUUAGCAAAUGUAGAUGGUAAUGCUGAUGAGGAUGAGGAUAGUAGUAGUGAUGAUGAUUAUACAUGUGUUAAUGAAGAUGAAUAUGAGAAUGAUUCUGAUUUGUUUGCGGAAAAUGUAGUUUAUGGUCUUGAUGAUGUGUUUAUAGACGAUGAGGAAGUUAGGUUGAUAUUAGAUAAGGAGGUUGAUGAGCAAAACAACACAGACAUGUACUUUAAUGAUGAUGAACCGCAGUCUGAUGAUUAUGAUUUGAGUGCCUUGAUUGAUGAUGAGGAAGGUAUAUGCAGCUAUCCUACAUUCAACCCUGAGAUUGAUUUCAAGGGUAAGAUUAAUUUGUCUUUAGGGCUUAAGUUUCCUUCGACAUAUGUGUUUAGAAAAGCACUAAGGUACCAUGCUAUUGAAUGUGGUUACAAUUAUUAUUACCUGCAUAAUGGUACAAAUAGGAUCAGUGUGUAUUGCUACAACAGAUGUGAUUGCAUGAAAUUGAAAGGUAGAAUUGUGAACUGUGUUUGUGGGAAGGAGAAGAAGUGUUAUUUUAAGGUUCAUGCCGUGAAAUUGAAAGAUGAGGAGACAGUUCAAAUAAGGAGUUAUUUUCCAAACCACACAUGUGGUCACCAACACCAAAAUAAGAAAGUCACUGCUUUGUAUUUAGCUGAGAAAUACAUAGAUGAUUGGAGGGACAAUCCAACCUGGGAAUUAAAGGCAUUUAAGAAACGGGUUAAUAGAGAGUUAGGUUGUGAAGUGAAGUAUUCUAAGUGUUACAUGGCUAAAAGAAUUGCAAUGAAAAUGCUAUAUGGUGAUGCUAGUGAAGAGUAUAGCAGGGUUUGGGAUUAUGCGGAAGCAAUAAGGACGUUUAAUCCAGGAAGCACAGCAAUCGUUAAAUGCAUUGGAAUAGACACACCCCCACCUUUGUUCCAAAGGAUGUAUAUAUGCUUGACAGCGUGUAAGGAGGGGUUUGUAGCUGGCUGUAGGCCUAUUAUAGGUGUUGAUGGGGCACAUCUGAAGGGAAAAUUCCCUGGGGUUUUGUUCACUGCUGUUGGUAAAGAUGGGAACAAUAAUAUCUUUCCCAUUGCAUGGGCUGUGGUUGAAACUGAAAAUGUAGAAACAUGGAUAUGGUUUCUAAAUCUUCUGGUGGAAGACCUUAGGUCGGUAACUGCAUCGAGUAGUUGGGUUGAAGCAGAAGGUGAAGCUUUCACCUUCAUGAGCGAUAGGCAAAAGGGUUUGGUCGAAGCUUUGAACUCAGUGGUUCCUGAAUGCGAAAUUAGGUUCUGCUGUAGGCAUAUAUGGGCGAACUUCAAGAUCAAGUUCCCUGGAGAGUUGUUCAAACAACACUUUUGGAGUGCAGCCAGAGCCUACAACAAGAAUCAUUUUGAUAGAGAAAUGAAUGUAAUAAAGAAUAUUUCUAUUGACGCAUAUGCAUAUCUAGCUGCUAUUCCUGCAAAACAUUGGUCUAGGCAUGCUUUUUGUAGUAGGAGUAAGUCUGGGAUGUUAUUGAACAAUAUUUGUGAGGCAUUCAACAAUGUGUUAGUAGAAGCAAGGGCGAAGCCUAUAAUUUCCCUAAUGGAGUGGAUUAGGAGAUAUGUAAUGCAACGAAGCGCAGCCAAAAGGGAAGGGUUGAGUAACUUUCAAGGUGAGUUGAUGCCAGCUAUCACUAAAAUUAUUGAAAAAAAUGCAAAAGAAAUAUAUGGUUUAAGGGUAAUCCCAGUGGAUGUUUAUGAGUUUGAGGUGGAUGAUAUUGAAGACUGUUACGUUGUAAACUUGGCCAAUAGAACUUGCCAUUGUGGAAGUUGGGACGUUAUAGGGAUUCCUUGCAAACAUGCCGUUGCUUGUAUUGUGCUUAGAAAAUUAGAUGCCAAAGACUUUGUCCACGAGGCGUAUCUCGUAGAAACGUAUCGAAAAACGUAUAGUCCAAAGUUUUAUGGUAUGCCAGGACACAAAAUGUGGCCAACAACCACUUUAGCCAAACCACUUCCUCCACCAUAUAGAAAGAUGCCUGGAAGGCCUAACAAGAGGAAAAGAAAGAAGGAAGUUGGUGAAGGUAAAGGACGAAAGAAGGCUAUUACAGAAUUCAAGCAAAGGAGAUGUGGUAAUUGCGGUGAAGUUGGUCACUACAAAAAGGGCUGCAAAAAUCAACCUAAACCACCACCACCAACAAAGACCAAGUCAAAAGGUGGAAGGCCUAAAAUGGGAUCUUCUUCUACUCAACAAUCUACAACCAAUGAUGUGCCUAGCUCCAGUGGUCAACAACAAACGCAAAACGCUGCAUCUACUUCAUGUAUAAUGGAUCAAAAUAGUCAAAUAUAGACUUGUACUAUGUUGAAUUAUGUCUGGGAUGUACCCUGUAAUGUUGAGCUUAAUUAAAUGUUUUUUAGCAAAUGAAGUAUGUAUACUCAGAAUGUACUGUUGCUCUAAUAUUGCUGUACCCAGUUGAACUUAAUGUAAUGUUCCUUGCAAUCAGUAAUUGAAUUAUUUGCACUAUCUUGAAUCA